AUGCACUCAACCCUCAACCGCGCCCAAGGCGUCUUCGGCUUCUUCACGACCGUCGCUCUCUUCGUCGCCGGUCUCGCUGCUCUCAGCGUAUUUCUCUAUCCUACUGACGAUGUGACGUCUAGUGUGAAGUUGCGCGAUGUGAAAGUAACAAAAGGUCGUCCCCACUAUUACAGCACACGAAAGGAAGAAUACGCCGCCAUGAAAUUCGAUCUGGACGCUGACCUAACCCCCCUCUUCAACUGGAACACCAAACAACUCUUCGUCUACGUCUACGCGACCUACCCCUCCGACCCCUCCAACCCAACCACCUCCGCACCCUCCCACUCCGUCAUCUGGGACACCAUCAUCCCGGCCCCGGAAUCGCCGUACUCGUUUAAUGCCCUGCGCGAGAGAUUCUUUCCUUCUGCAUCAUCGUCUGCGAGCAAGAAGCGCAGUACGAAGAAGACUUCAUCUUCAUCUUCCAGUAAGACUGCCAGUAAGAAGGCGUCUGAGCCUGGGAAACUGAGACUCCGCGAUCAACGGGCAAAGUACUCCAUCGGAGAUGUUUCGGGGAAGAUGGCUGAACGGGAGAAUGUGACGCUUUCUGUCGGGUGGAAUGUGCAGCCGUGGGUGGGGGCGCUGUGGUGGGCUCCGCACACGGGGGGUGCGAUGAGGACGAAGGGGGAUGUGGGCACGAGUAGGGCUUUUGGGUUGCCGGCGUUGAAGGGGAGGAAUGUUGGGACUGGGACUGGGACUGCGUCUGCUGGUAAUGCUGCGGGGGCAGUGUAG